AAAACACACUCGGCUUGUAUAGGUACAAGCCGUACUUAUUUUCAGCGAGGAAGCUAUAUUUCUCGGUUUUCGUACUUGUAUGAAGGCGUGUUCUUCUGAAUUUCUUGAAAACUUGAAGCCAAUACCUCAAGAAAUAGUCCUAAAGUAACCUCCACAACUGGUUGCUUCUGAAGCGGAGUUAUGAAGACUAGUUCGUGAAUGUCAAGGCCUGGCGCCGCCGCUGCCGCGGAUGCGUGGAGACGAGCGCCAUCUGGUGGUGGUGCAAGGAACCCAGCGGAUCACGCGACGCGCGUACUCCGCAGCGAUUGGUUGGCCUACUCGGCAAGGAAACAGCCAGGCCGUAGCCACGGUGAUGAAUCCCACCGAGGAAAUCAAACAGGCAGCGACGAGGAGGUCCAAGAAUCCAGCUUUCUUGGACUUGAGGCCGUACUACGCAUGUUGCUGCCGCCCUGUGAUAGCGAAGACUUCCUUGACGGAGUUCGGAAGAAAUCCAGAUCAAUAUAUGAAGAUAUCACUUCCGACUAUUCGUCCUCGCCAUCAUCGGUGACAUCACGUCCCAGCACACCCAAGCAAGAAGACCUCCGCGUAUACCAGGGCAAAAGCAAGCAGCAACUCCAAGUGACCACCAGCGGGCGCCGCAAGAGGAACUGGAAAUGCUGGACUUCGCCGGUGUACUUCCUGGUGUGCGGAUCACGGGCCUUCCCCAGCACUGUGCCAUCGACACGAUCCACGGCUUCUUGAAACGCAUCAGCUCAUUGGACGAACGGCUUAAACUGGUCGCCUGGCUCUACUGCUGGCUUAUACCGCAUGACAGACUACACGGGUGGCUGCUGUAUCGGUUACACCCCGGAUUCGAAUCCAUGGUCUACACUUUCGAACUACACACCAGGAUAGCGGAAGCGUUCUACUGGUCCGGUAUGACGAGCGCCUUCGUGCCCCUGGCAUGCUCGCAUGGCCGCUACGCCUGCGCCGUGACCAGCGACCGGGAGCACGGUCCCGAAGAGCACACUGUUACAUGCAUGAGUGCUUGGUUGGACUUUCCCUACCUUGCCGUUCGUUCAGGUGGUGUGAUUAAUGAGGCAAAGUUCAUGCGCACUCUAAAUAACGUGGUAGAAGGUAGCCUCGAUGGGCUUCUGCUUGGCACCUACGAGGAGUUGAGCAGUGGCAUCGCCGCCGCUCUGCAUGACUUCACCGCGCGUUGUGGAAGCAGCCAGGUGCCGCUGGUGAGGUUUCCAGAAACGUUUGGGCGGGACAUCUAGGCGAACGUUGACGGCCUCGGAAUUCAUUCUGGUAAAAUCAAACCCAAGUAAAAUUGGCAUGGAAGAGUGAAAGUGCAUCUAUCGCUCUAAUUAGAAGGGACAAGAAAAGAAAGAACAAGAACUGGUGCUAUCUCAUGUGCACGAACAAUGACCAAUCCGUCGACAAGACGUGUCAAACUACGCCAUCUCUUCCCGAGUGACAUAUAGAGGCCUCGCGCGUGCAAGUACAUUUCAAGCUUCUUCCAGAAAAUUUACGAAGCGGAGUGCUCGAGAGAACACACACUCGUUAUACUGAUGUGCAGUGCCCAUAUUUUAAAGCCUAAUGCGCUUCCGACGUUAUCUUGGUUGUGAAUACUUUGCUGAAAUAUUGCAUUCGCUACACCAAAUACUUGUCGUUGAUAUGUGCCGCUCUGUCUACAAGGAAUUCCGAUGCCAUUCGUCUUAUGUGAUUGUCCUGUUGCUGUAGUGGCUUCAGGGCUGUGGUCUCUGUCCAACACCGUCAUCUGACAUGCCGCACUUUUUUGGUCAUUUGCUGCUUUGGGGUUCACAUAUUGGAAUGCGUAAAUAAAGCGCAACUUUUAGCCAUACGGAA